AGAAGACGAUGAUACUUUCCAGCUUCAAAAGCUUCUUUAUUUAUUAUUAUUUGAGCUCCUUAUUCCACCCAAGCCAUGGUUUUGAGGUGAUCCGGCCACUGAAUAUGACUAAUAACCCAGAUACGGUUUUCAUCAGCUGUAACCUUACAGCAAGCACCGGGAAAAUUGUAGAUGUUCGACUCAACAAAGUUUUACCAGAGGAAAAGGAGGUGCUCUGCCAGACUGAAUCUCCAGUCUGUCAUAACAUUAUCGUACUUAAAGACACUCCACCCAUGUACAUUUUCAUCUUACUCAAUGCUGGGCCAGAGGCAUGGACCUCAAAGUAUGAAUGUGAGUGUUCGGCAACAACAGACGAUGGGAUAGACAAAACCAUGCUUAUUGCAGCAAACAAAUUAAUUAAACUGCAGCUACAAGGUCAACUGGGAACAACACCACAGUGUACUCCUCCCCCUUCACCUCCUCCUCCUCAGUCCCAUCAGCUCAUGUGGAUUUUGAUUGGUUUGCUGGCCCUGAUGUUCGUGUACAGCUGUAUCAUCACCUCCUUCUACAUGAGGCUUAUGAACGGCAGCAAAGAUUGCGAAAACUCCACCUAUGUUGAAAUGAGGAACGUUCCAGUUCAGCUGCAUCCUCACCACAUUUACAAUACUAUGCAAAAGGCUUGAGCUGCCCCUCAUUUCUUUAUAUCUUAUUAGGAAAAUGGGUAAUAGGUUCA